AUGUCACCCGAGUCCCAGUUGCAGACCUGGAGCUAUCUUCGGCAGCAAAUCUCCGAUAACCUUAGCUUUUCGUGUCCGUCUGAUGCUCACAUCAGCGUCGUCACGUCUCGAGACCCGACGGCAAAAGUCUGGCACGCAUUGGCAGUUCAGUCACGAAACAACUGCAAGACGGUCGUUCUCACAGACCAAGGAUAUAGUGUUGAACUGGCACUUAAGGGUCUGUUCAUCAAGUCAGCAUAUCAUGUUCACCGGUACCUGAGCUUGAAGAAAACGUCAACGGUCUCGCCACCUACUCCCUCAGGCAGGCCGCCCGUCGCCACGAGACAGUCCGAGGGAUCGGCCUACGACAGUUCAUCCGACGACUCCGACUGGGAAGAACUCAAACUGCAGGCCAAGAUCACCCGUGCGAAGAAACUUCUGAACAGGUACAAGACCGGUCAAAACACGACCCGGCCCGUCUCCCUCCCAGCUCCUCCUCCUCCUCCUUUGCCCUCCUCUUCACUGUCCGACUCAGCUCCCCGCUAUCAGAGCUCGCCGCCACCUCCGCCGCCGCCUCCCCGUCUUCCGCCUCAUCCAGCUCCCAGGCUUUCGGCCCAUGGCACAAAAGGCCUUGCCCUGCCCUCGCGGGCAGCAGAAGAAGCAGCUCCCCCACCCCGUUUCACCACGCACCCCCGCGUGCCCCCGCUCAUCCCACCCCUCCUGCCCGUCCGCCUCGCCGUCCGCCUGGCUAUCAACGCGGCAGCCAACAACGAAACCGCGCCCGUCAACGUCCUGACAACCAUCUCACGCCCCAGCCUCCGCGCCCUGCUCGUCGGCGCCAUCGCAUGCGUGGGUCAGCAGGACACGAGCGGCUACCGGGCCAAGGCGCGCCGGGCGCAUCUCGACGGCGUCGCCUGCGACAUGGCUCUGUUUGCAGCAGACGACCUCAGCUUCUUCUUCGGAAAGGAUACUGUGCCGUUCUUCGAAGUUGAGGUCUGGAGGGAGAGUAUCACGGAGCAGCCGAACUCUGAUGCUGAUGGCGAUGACGACGAAGACGAAGCGUGAUUGCUGAUUAGAGGCUUGUCCGUUUGAUUGGGUCUUUUGAGUCUGUUUGCAAUUUACACUGAAAGGUUGUCAUAUAUGUAUAGAGUGAAAACGGAAAAAAGGUGAUAAGGAGGUAGUGUCUUGGGAGUCUAUGGCAGUUCCUUUUCUGAUGGCUGGUGUAUCUUGAGGCCUUGUUGUUUAUUCUGCAUGGUUCUUUUAGAGUACGUUUAUCCUCAAAUUGUACAUGUUCCGGAAACUUGUGGGACUCGAAGGUUUCCUGGGGUUGAGUGAGUUUCAUCAUGUCUGGCGUCCGUUCGUGGCAAGAGCGCGAUUCGCAUCAUCAGGGGUGCUUUGGUAUUAGCCAACCUCGAAGGGGGCCAAGACACGCUCCAACAAGACUCAUGGUUUAGCAGACAGAGAACGUGCCUAACCUUACAGAGCGGACGAGAUGCGUUUGCCCUUCAGAGC